AUGUUGAAAAUAUUUAAAUUAAGACGAUUAUGCAAAAGAAUAAAAAAACUUAACCGGACAUCGAAAGUGAAGUCGGUAACAAUAGUACUGACAAUGGCGAUAGUUUAUGCUUGUUUCUUUACAUUAAUUAUUUAUCAUAUUUACCACAUAACAUUUGCUCAACAUGAUCCCAAAAGAAAUGAAAUAAACCAGCGAAUAUUAAGAAACCUACAAAACUACGACACUCCCAUGAGGCAUAUACACAAUAAUGAAAUUUACAAAGAUUAUUAUACAAAUGAGGUGGAUUCUAUCGAAAUGGAAGAAACGAGACAAGAUAGGAAAAAAGUUUACAUGAAGGAUAGACGUGUGGGAAAUACGGACAAGAUGGCUUGGUACACGUCAUGCAAAACUUUAAGGAAUAAAGAAAAAUUCAGAUUAGAGAAUGAUUUUAUUAAUGUCCAGUGCUUUGACUAUGAUACACACAAUAAGUCCUAUCUCAUUUAUGAAGAUAAUUACAUAUUUUGUAAAAGAAUUACAUUACCUGACGCAAAGAAAAAUGUCAAUCAAGAUAAGUAUAACGUGCUAAUGAUUGGAAUGGAUUCAAUGUCCCUACCUCGUUUUGCUCAAACAAUGACCCGUACAAUCAAUUUCUUUAAAAGUCGUAACUGGCAAAGUUAUCGAGGAUACAACAAAGUAGGAGACAACAAAUUAUCGAAUUUAAUACCAGCAUUGACAGGAAAACAUUCCUCCGAAAUUUUUAAAAAUUGUCUUAGAAGAACGGAUAGAUGUAAUAAAUAUUUCCUUUGGAGUUUAUUCAAAAAAUCUGGAUACGUCACUGCAUAUGGAGAAGAUAAUUUAGAAUUGGAUGGAGAAGAUAAUUUAGAAUCGGAUACUUUCAGCAGAGAAUUCAGUUUUAGAAAAUCACCGACUGAUCAUUAUAUAAAACCAUUUUUUCUGAAUAGAGAGUAUUAUACAGACAAUCGUUCCAUUUUAUGUUGUGGUAAAACAACUUCCGGUAAGCAGAUACUGGAUUUUGCUUACGAUUUCGCUUUAACAUACAGAAACGACUCUUUCUUUGGUUUCUUUUGGAUAAAUUCUUUUAGUCACAACAUAAAUAGUCAUCCUCAAGAUGCAGACGUAUUAUUUGAGGACUUCUUUAAUAGACUUUUUUACACAGGAGUAUUAGACAAUACAUUUAUUGUGUUCAUAAGCGAUCAUGGAAUAAGAUUUGGUAAACCACGACUGCAGUUAGAGUCAUAUUACGACGAUAGAAUGCCUUUUCUUUUCUUUUGGAUCCCUAAUCAAUUCAGAAUAAGAUAUCCGGCAAAACUGAAAGGAAUUUUAAUCAAUCAGUUCAGAUUGAUAACGCCUUACGAUUUGUUCGCUACUCUUCAAGAUAUAAAUAACUUAGCUAACAAUAAAUCAGUUACAAACCGAGGUAACAUAAAAGGCAAUUAUGAAAAUAAGAUUGAAAGACAAAGCAUGUUUAAAAUUAUAAGUGAUAACAGGGCUUGCAAAGACGUCGGUAUUCAUGAAAAAUUCUGUACUUGCCACAAGCUGUAUCCUCUUGAUGUAGCGGACGCGGAAGGAAUUAAAAGUGUAAAAUAUGUAGUCUCCUACAUGAAAACAGCGUUAAAAACUAUUAAGACUAAACGUUGCUGGAGCUGUUCAAAUAUUACAAUACAAAAUAUAAGUAGAAUUCAUUUUUAUUUUGACAGUAACAAAAUUAAUUUGUACUAUGUGAUAGCUUUUUCUAUGAGUCCUAAGAAUACAUUUUACGAGGCGGUUGUCUUACGUAAUGAUACGAGAUUGGCUCUCGUAGGAAGCAUCAAUCUAAUUUCACAGUACGAUGGAUUUGGAAGCUGUACCAUGAAAAGAACAGACAAGAUUUUUUGCAUCUGCCAAAGAAUUUAUAAUUGUCGAAUAUCUAAUAAAUAAAUAGUACUGAAAUCCCUGAAUUGAAAUUUUAUAAAGCAAUGUUGGGCCUAUAAAAGUAAUAAUGAUUAUACGUAUAGCAUAGUAGUAUUGUACAGGGGCAUGCACAGAGAUUUGGGCUAUGAUAAGCAGAAUAUGUUCGGAAAAAAAAAUACCAAUUUUUAUCAUAAUUUCCUCCUCUCGGACAUUGAUAAUAAUGAGAGCUAAUACUUCCGCAAGUAUUCAUUUUAAUGAAACUAUUAUUUUUAAGGGGCGGUCGAGAUG